GCCUCACUGCCGGACAUUCGCGGGAAAUUUUCAAAAAAGUCAAAACCAAACAAAAAGCCUGUACGAGGCCAAGCCAAAUUUUCAAGCCACAGAGACCGGGCGGUGGCUUCCUUCCCGCCACAGCCUAAACUGCUGAACCAGCUUUGAGGAGGACCACCCGUGCUUGGCAGCCUGCUGUGCAAGGACAUCACCUUUUUUCCUUUUUUUGAGAUGGCUCAGGAUUUCAUAGGCCUUGCUUCUGACUGUGAGUAUUGGUUACAGAAGCUUUCUGCAUUGGACCAGGCUUCUACUUUGGAAACCCAGAAGGAUACCUGUCAGCACUUGCCUCAGUUCCAGGAGUUCCUGAGGCAGAUGUAUGAAGCCUUGAAACAAAUGGAUUCUAAUAUAAUCAUGGAAAGAUUCCCCACAAUUGGUCAACUGUUGGCAAAAAGCUGUUCAAAUCCUUUUAUAUUAGCAUAUGAUGAAAGUCAAAAGUUUCUGAUAUGGUGCUUAUGUUGCCUGAUUAACAAAGAACCACAGAAUUCUGGAGACUCAAAACUUAACUCCUGGGUACGGGGUCUAUUGUCUCAUAUACUUUCUGCAUUCAGACUUGAUAUAAAAGAAAUUGGUCUUUUUACUCAGGGUCUUGGGUAUGAGCCUGCAGAUUAUUAUCCUGCUUUGCUUAAAAAUAUGGUUUUAUCAUUAGUGUCCAAACUGAGAGAGAGUCAUCUUAAUGGAUUUAACACUCGAAGGCGGAUGGCUCCUGAACAAGUGGUGUCCUUAUCACAAGUUUGUGUCCCAGUUGUUACCCUACCUGAUUUUCAACCCCUAGUGGAGGCUCUGCUCACCUACCAUGGACAUGAACCUCAGGAAUUCCUCUGUCCUGAAUUCUUUGAAGCUGUAAAUGAAGCCUUUUUGCUGAAGAAGAUUUCUCUCCCCACACCAACUGUAGUCAGCCUCUGGCUCCGACAUCUUCCCAGCCUUGAAAAAGCAAUGCUGCAUCUUUUUGCAAAGCUUAUCUCCAGUGAGAGAAACUGUCUGAGAAGGACCGAAUGCUUUAUAAAAGACUCAUUGCUGCCUCAAGCAGCCUGCCACCCUGCCAUAUUCAGAGUUGUUGAUGAAAUGUUCAGGUAUGCACUCCUGGAAACUGAUGGAGCCCCAGAAAUACUAGCCGCUACUCAGAUGUUUACACGCUGCUUUGUAGAAGCUCUCAAAAAAGAAAACAAACAGCUGAAGUUUGCGCUCAAGACCUACUUUCCUCUCCUCUCCCCGGCCCUUGUCACUGCGCUGCUGCAGCACCCACAAGAAAGCCCACAGGGAUGCUGCCUCCAGCUUCUGCAGCACAUUUCCCAGCUACUCCAAGAAGCAGUGGAAGACCAGGCUUGUAGGUCCCGUGAAGACCCCUUUGAGAACUGGUUUUUGUUCAUUCACUUUGGAGACUGGGCUGAUAUGGCAGCUGAGCAGUUACUGAGGUCAGAAGCAGAAACCCCUGCAACAGCGCUGCUGUGGCUCCUGGCAUUCUACUACAGGCCCCUGGACUCCUGUCAGCAGAGAGCACAGACCAUGGUGGAGGCAGAGGCAGUGCUAAGCCGCCUCCAUCUUCUGACACUGUCCAGAAGUGCCUCCCUCUCUGCUGCGGAGCUGCAGGCAGCCACUGGAGAGCCUGUGUGUGGACAGCUCAUCAGGCACCUGCUCCUGAACUUCCUGCUCUGGGCUCCAGGAGGCCACACAGUUGCCCGGGAAGCCAUCACCCUGAUGGCCCGCACUGAUGCAAUAACUCAGGAGAUCAUCGGCUUUCUCGACCAGACCCUAUACAGAUGGGACAAUCUUUGCACUGAAGCCCCUAGGCCAGCAAAACUGGCCAGAGAGCUCCUUCAAGAGCUGCGAGCUCAGGUCUAGCAAGAAGUGUGGACCGUAUGGGUGCUUGAGGGACUUACGAGUGUCAGCCUUGCCAAUUCCAUAGAUGAUAGGUGGGCCCCCUCCUGCCUGUGGCUCCAGGUUGGCGGACUAAGUCCUUGGAGCUGUACACAUCUCAGGCUCAGGCAGCAUACAGGUUGGGAUGAUUGGUGGUGUGUCUUUCACAAAAGGAGAAGCCACACAGCUUAGCCCCAACGUAAGCCUACUUACUAGGGGCUGCUGUGCCUUGAGCAUUCUCUGCCUGGCCAGCAUUGGAUGUCAGUCAGAGUGACUCAAGGAGAACAGCUUCUGUCUCCUUUCAGACACAUAUCAAGCAAGAAUGUUAACUAUCACCUGACAGUGUUUGGACAAAGAAAUUGAUCUUGAGCCCCUGAUCAGCUUAGCCCUUUUCCAUAACGUUAAUUGACGUUUCCUUUCAACCCCUGAGCUCUAAGACAACAACACUGCCUUGCUUCCCUAAGAAAUUCCUCAUGCAGGAGUCAGGAUCCCUCAGCUUUUCUUUUAUACCCAACCUGCCAACCCAGCCAGCCAGGACAAGUGGGGUUGACAGGCCUUUGGGGUACAGUGCAGGGCAGCCCUGCUGAGGAUAGUACCACGCUGUGAAAAAAACACCAGUCCUGCUCUGGUCUCUGCCUUGUGUGCUGAUAUUCACUACCAUCAAGGGGCUCCGGUUGGAAAUGGCUGCCAAGUGACAUACCAGGAGCAGCCCAGGACUGUGGCAGAACCAGCAGGAAGGGUUGGUGUGUGUGCCAAUUGUGUCCUGGAAUGGGAGGGGAAUUGGAAUUGCCUAAGAAACAACUGGAAAACUCCAGGUGAAUAUUCAUUCACAUCAGCUAAAGAUCUUUUUCCUUUAGAUUCACUCAUAUCUUGUAUUGAUCAUACCCUAUAGCCAGUAUAUUGUUUGUUGAAUGAGUCAAGACCUUUUAUGUCCAUUAGGAUUUCUGUAUUAGGAGUCUCUGAACCUUGGUUCCUCUUUGAGGAAUAAGUAAUGUUUUGAGGGACAGGUGGUUAAACUUUAGGGGAGUCACCUGUGUUAGUGUACGGCACUGUUCAUGGAUCUGCCAAAAAUCUGGAAGUGCCAGGCACUGCUGACCUGAACCUUUUCUCUGAGACUCUGUCCUACUGCCAUGGCCACCUUCCCCAUGGCCCUGUGCUUGGCUGCAGCCGUGCUUGCAGCUCCCUUGAGCUCAGCAACUUAUCUACUUCAUUGGCAACUCAGCCUGUUUCUGCCAUAGCAACUGAUCAAGCCCUGUGGACAUCAGAAAAAGGGCUUACCUUGGUGGCAGCAAGUAAUCCCUAAAAGGCAGAGCCACCAGGAAUGAUUCUUCCCUGUGAAGGUGGGAUCCACAGCGAAAUAUGAGCACUGGAGUGUCGCUCUCACCAGAACUCUGGGCACCCCUGCUUUUGCAGCAAACAACGAAAGCAAGGCAGACUUCUGACUCUGUGCAGGCUACGUGUGAAAGGUUUCUUCCUGUUCUACACUUCUCUGGGUCUGAAUGCCUCCCAGUCAUGACAAAGUUUGGGUCUUCCCAGCUUUGGAUGUUUGGGCUAUAGGCAACAACUCCCCUGGGAAUCCCAUCUCCAGUGGACCCUCCCUGUCUGUUGGGAGUGCUGACAUUUCUGUCGCCAUUUCUCCCUGAGCUCCACCAAGAGAAUGAGUCCCUUCACCUGUCCAUGAAGACAGACACUGAUGUGGUGACUAAUUUUUCCCUUUGCCUUGUCCCAUUUUGACAAAGAUACACAAAGGUUGACAAAGGGUUCGGAGGUGGGAAACACAAAGGCAGAUGCUCAAGGGGACUGUGCCCUCCAGCAGGUGUCCCUGUAAGCAGGCCUCUAGCUGGGCCCCAGGUCCCCAGGUCCCCAGGAAGCCUCAGCUGGGAACAAGAAGGAAGGUGCAGAGCAGUGCCCUCCUUGGAGAACCAGAGGCAGAGCCUUUCGGAUGAGCCUCAUCUGGAGUAUGCUGAAAAUUAGUAAGCUCUACCUUCUUAACUGCCUUAGAUUUGAGGGGGAGUUUGGACAUGUGGGUUCUUUCCAUUUUCUAAACUGGCAAAAAUGGGUUAGCAGGCCCUAUGGAACUAUGGUGCCUGAGUGGCGCCCUGUUCAGGGACCCAGUGGAGUGGGACCUCAUGGCUGCCUGUACCUCCUCGGUCACACACCUUCCUUAGCUCUUGAAAACAUUAUACUGAGGCCUAGAAAAGUGGAAGGUCUCAGAUCCACGUUGACAACCUCAGUGUCCCCUUCCUAAUUCACAACAUGAUGAACUCGGGGGUAUCAGCAAUGGGUAUCACCUAGGAUUUGGCAAGAAAAUGUGGAAAGUCAACUGGAAUGAUGAAGAGAGCGUGUCAGAGCACUUGGUCCUUGGAAGUGGCCCUGCCCUAGGCUGGUUGGUCAGCAGCUACCAAUGAGGAGGGUCACAAGUUUGAGCCCAUCCCAGGCAACUUAGCAACCAUGUCUCAAAAUUUAAAGGGGAACGGUGGGCAAUGCGGCACUAGUGUGAAGGCCUAUGGUUCAGUCUCCAUACACAAAAAAAAAACCAAAAAGCAAGACUACCUAGACCAUUUCAGAAGCUGGAGUCCCAUGAAUAAAGCUUGACACUUAGCAACAGAGCAGGAACAGGCAGAGGCUGGCAGAGAUGUCGGCAACAUCAAGCCAGGCUUCCCCGGUGCAGCACACUGGGACUUGGGACCCGGCAACUCCCUGCUGCAGGCUGCCAGCAGGGCGCUGGUCCCCUGGCUUGUACUAAGCUUCCUCGCCUGCAGCAGCUGCUGCCCCUCCCUGCCACUUCCACUUUGCAGUGCCACACUUGGAACUCUGUCUCCUCCUUUCUCCUCACUUUUCCUGGAUUCCAUGCUAUCGUGACUCUCCGUGUCACCUCCAUGCAGUAGGGACACCCCUCCCCCAGGGGUACUGACCUGAACAUCCACCGUGGCUGGUCAGGCAUCCCCAGCUAGAGUCCUGACAGCCAUUUUGAACUUGACACAUCCCAAACAGACUCCGCAUGUCACUGACAGCAGCCCCAUCUUCCCAGUGAUGCAGGCCAACUCAUCCCCUUUUCCAAUCCACUAGGAAGCCCCCUAGUCUGACCAUUUUUCACCCCCGCUACUUAUCAUCUGCCCAGUAAAUAUCUGUUGAGUGACAUAUAUAUGGACAGGAGUUUGGUAUAAAUGCCUUGCAGUCAGCAGAGGAAAGAAGGUGGGCAAUACCAUUGGAGCUCUACUUCUUAGGCCAAAAUAAACUACAGAAUAAAGUG